UUGUCCACUUCAAGUUCCUCCUAGAAAGACUAAAUACAAAUCACAGCUUCAUCUGACCAUCGCCAUGCCCUGCUCUCCUCCAACUGGACCUGAAAGCCUACUGAAUGAGCCAGGCUGUAAAGGAGGCACUACCACACCACAACUCUCCCAGCGUCAGCCAGCUGAUCACCAGCACAGCGAGCAGUUGGCGUUCCCUGCCCUGCCCACACUCACUUAACAGACCAGGGAUGUUUAUAUUUUCGCUGGAGAAUAAUUCCUGCAGAUAACUGACAGAGCUGAAGACUAAUCGGAUUUGAAACCAGGUUGCCAACUGUGCUAGUCCUCAAGCCUUGACUACCCUGUGAGGAGCCAGAUUAGAGGUAUUUUAGCAGCAACCUGUACAUGUUGAUGUGAGGAGUACAGUUUCAUUCACCUUCUUGCUGAAAGAAUUCGAGAUAUUCUCGGAGGAGGUAUAAGCACCUGUGUGCGCUGUGGAUUUACACUGAUCCGAUGGUGAUAGUUGAUUAGACAGUAUCAGGGAUGAAGUAUGGGCCCUCGCCUCUGCAAGUUGAGCUUCCGCUCGCUGCGCGACAUCUUCCUCCUGCUCAUCUUCAUCGCGGUCAUCUCCUCCAUGAUGAGCAGUUACCUCCCUUGGCUUCAGUCCCAAUCCGAGUUUAAGGACCACCUGGACGGACACCUGAACAUCUACCGAAGCCUUCAGCUGAGUGAGAAGAGGGAGGAUGUGACGAGAAAGAAGAUGCUGGUCCAUGGGAUGAAGAAGAUGUCUGAGAAACACCGGACUCUGGUUGCAAGAUUGUUGCAGCUGGAAGAGCAGUCGCUGCCCCAGAAGAAGUCCCCUAUUGUAAUCCUAGCCGAGGGUUCCCUAUCAGCUGUCAAACAUGAGGUUCCGCUGUUGGAGUCCGCUUUCUCUCAACUUGGAGCCAAAGUCAAGUUCAAAGUUGUUGACGAUUCUGAUAGCCAAGAAGACCAUACUGAUGAAGACACAUAUGCCACCAACAAGCCAACGUGGCGUGUGCUGAUGUGUCUGAACACAUCCAGACCCAACACAUGUCGGGACACAGGGGAACACCUGGAACAGAGAGACUUCCAGAGGGUCAACGUCAUCCCAGCCCUCCAUGCCCUGCUGUUUGACCCUCAGGUCAUGUGUCAGGGCGUUGGCAAUACAGGUAAGAAGAAGCUGCAUUUAGACCCAAGUUGUGUCAACGUCAUCCCAGCCCUCCAUGCCCUGCUGUUUGACCCUCAGGUCAUGUGUCAGGGCGUUGGCAAUACAGGUCAUUGGCAAGGGGGACCACUCCCAUGUUACAAGCUUCUUGAAGAUGUCCGUGCCUUGCCCUCCAGCCAGUCAGGUGACAACACUCGUGGUGGAUGUGGUCAGCACACAAUGUGGGUCCUACACACUGGGAAACAUGGGGGACAACCGUCCAUUCAGGAGUGUGAGGAGCUGAAACAACUAAUGAAGAGCCCUGACUGGAGAGCUGGCGUGGCGGUGAAGCUCCCUCCCUACUUGUUCCACGUGGGGGCGCAGCCACUGGUUGUCCAGUUCCAUGUGCUGGUGAUGUCCUUUUCCCCUCUCCGACUCUAUCUACACUCCGAAGCCCUCACCUGGAUGGGCAUCAGUUCCUACCUCAACAAGAAGCCCCAUCGUAGCCUGACACUGGUGGAACUACAGCAGCUGUUGAGGGACACCCGGGGACACCAGGUGUCUCUGGACCAGCUGGAGGAAGCUGUAGUAGAUGCUCUGCUCCUGCUGGAGUCUGCCGACAAGCACCUGCAAGAAGGGGCACAUGCAAGAUGUCAUUCCUGUUUCCAACUGCUUCAGAUGGCCACAGUGUUCAACACUUCCUUCCAUCCAUUCAUACUUCAGAUCAAGCCAUACACUCACACAGGAAAAAUGGCUUCUCUGAAUGAAUACCUUGUGAGACAGAGGAUACUGGAAGAUUUGGCAGCCAUGUUGGUUGCUAAGGAUACUGUUGUCAUGGAUGUUGCCAAGGGGCUGGGCGAACUUGGACUAACAAAUUUAUACAAUGAGGGAGUGUGCAAUUCGGACCAAAGCUUCUGCCUCAGUAAAGGGGACCUUAUCUUCUCUCUCAACAACAGACGUGAACAGCUUCGUCACGGCAGCUUCAUCAAGCUUUAUCCAUCCACCGCUGCUGUGAAAUACACACAUUUAUUACAAGCUGUCAAUCAAGAUGGGGACCAGGCGGACGACAUAGAGGGCGCCACUGACCAACAUUCAUCCACCGUGGAGUUACAUUCCUACCUUCUCAGUCUGGAGAGUUACUUCGCUCACAUGGAGGAAGAAGAUUCUGUUGAAGCUUACGAUGACAUGAACGUCCCCAUAGACUUUGAUGGUAUAAACAGUUCUAAAUCAUCUGCUAGUGGUCCAGAUAUCACAGAGAUGCAGUCCAGAGCUGCUUGUAAUGAUGAUCCUGCCAGUAUGCCAUACCUAGUCAACAUCAUAACAAAGCCUUCGAUAGACCUUAUGCCAGAGUUCUCUCCCCUGACGUCAGAGUACCGGGCAGUGGUAGAGUACGACUUGCUUCUCAUCACUGUGUGGGCGUUUGCCAAGAGCUGCUCAUCUCAGGCCCGCCUGGAGGAUAAACAUGGAAACAACAGGGAGGCGAACGUCAUACUGGGUAUUGGGGAGAACCGGAUCACCAUCUAUGUGGUGGACAUGAGUCACGCUGACACCUGGGUGCUCAACACCUACACCCUCAUCAUAGAGAGACAGGGACCAGACUACCAGCAGACCUCAUUCCUACCUGGCCUACCCCACCAAGUCUGUAGUCUCACACAGGACUGCUCUCUGCGUUUCCUCAAGACAUCAUCCUGUGGGUUGAAGCCAAUGUACCAGGAGAGGAACUGGGCCAGGUUCGUGGAGAAGGUGAUGUCGCUGCCGCAGUGCCAAGAAGGGGAUGUGAAAGGUCAGUGGUAUGUACCCUGCACGGACUGCAAUGAUAGUCCUAGUUGCUAUUGGAAACAGGCGCUAUGGCAACCAGAUACUUGUUCUUAUAAAUGGUUACCAAGAGGGAAAGUGCAGCAGUGUUUUGCUGGUAAAAAGGUUUUAUUCAUCGGUGACUCAACCAACCGUGGCAUCAUGCACUACAUCUCGGAGCGAGUGAACAACACGUUGUUGGAGUGGGACAAGACGCAUCACUUGAAGGUCUACAACAACCUCAACAACAACACAACAACGUUCAGCUUCGCCUACUACCCUCAGUUCUGGCUGCCAACUGAACACAGACCAGUUUUUGACAAAGCUCUUUUGCGACUUAUUAAAAAAGAAAGAACAGUCCCCCUUGAGAACAGCACGAAGACAGUGCUGGUAAUCGGAGGUGUCCAUUGGUUAGCCAAACACCAUAUAGAUGUGGUCAUCAAGGCACUUCAGAGGGAGGGCCUGACUGGGAUCCAGCUUGUGGUCAAGGGGCUGGGAGCUGGCUUCCACCAGCCGGUCAGUGGUAUCCACUGUCUGUCACAGAAAGAACAGCUGCGUCUCUUGUCUCACAACCAGGCCACACUGAGGUACGCCAGGCAGAGUGGUUUCAGCAUCGUUGACACAUUCAACAUGACUAUGGCCAGAUACAAAGACUUCCUGCAAGGAAAAUGUGCUUGCCAUUUCCACAGAGUGUCCAUGACAAAAACCAGUUAUAACCCGUCCAGUGGUAUUGGAUCUAAACAUAGUCUUUCAUCCUCCAACACAGAGCCCUCACAGACUGUGUAUCAUGUGGAAGGGGAGAUAAAUGCUGUAUACUCCGAGAUAAUGAUCGGCCAGAUCUGUGGACAUUCAUAGCAGGAGUCAGUUCAACGUCAGGAUCAUCAGCAUCAUGUUUCAUCACAAGAUAGGCGCCCAUUUUCAACAACACUCACUCUUCAAACUAAAUCUUUGAAGGUUCCAAGCAUAACUAGACAUUUUAGUUUGGGAUGGUUACAAGCCUAGGAGAAAUGGCAGAUCCAGAAAGAGCAGGGUGAUGUUUCAACUGUGCCCUCAGCAAGUCACCUUGUCUGAACCAUAAUCAUUUUCAAAUCCUGAUCUGCGUCUCAACAGAAAUAUUUAUACAGAUGAUAUGUCCAAAUUCUAUUUUUAGAAAUACAUGGAGAGUGGACAGAGGAUUGAUCAGGAACCUGUCCCGAAAAUUUAGACUUUGAAAAAUAUUUGAAAAAUUUCCAAUAAGCUGUCUAGUCAUGUAUAGUAAACUGCUAGAAAAGGG